AUGGCGUCCUUUAAGGUGAUGCGUUCUUCGAAUUCUAGAAACCCGGAUCUAUCUCGUCGUAUCUCAUCUUCAUCUUCUUCUAUAAGACCUCAACAGCAGUUCAGGCGAGAUCUCAACAACACUUCAGGCGGCGGUUACGGCGGAAUAAACGACGGAUGCGGUUCUACUACUCCGACGAUGACGGUGGAAGGGAUUCUGCAUGAUACUUUCGCAUCUGAUCCACCAGCAACGGAAUCUACACUACUAGACUCGUCGAUAACUCUGAUGGAUACUCAUACUCCUACACCAAUGGAGAUAACGACGGUGGUUUCCGAUAUCGAUCCGAGUAACAGAGACCGUGGCGGAGGAAAUGAGACGGCGCGUGGGAAGAGUGUUGAUGAGGUCUGGAGAGAGAUCGUAUCAGGAGAAAGUAAAGGUAUGAAAGAAGAAACACAGGAAGAGAUAAUGACUUUAGAGGAUUUUCUAGCGAAAGCUGCGGUGGAAGACGCCGCGGCGAUAGGUAAUGGAGAAUCGGAUGAUCUCGAUGUGAAGAUUCCGCCGGAGAGGCUUAAUUACGGAUUCGAUCAUUCAGCACCACCGCAUAAUCCGUUUCAGAUGAUUGAUAAAGUAGAAGGAUCGAUUGUUGCGUUUGGGAAUGGUUUCGAUGUUUACGGUGGAGGAGGAGGAGGAACAACGAGAGGGAAGAGAGCUAGAGUAAUGGUUGAGCCAUUGGAUAAAGCAGCUGCACAAAGACAGAGAAGGAUGAUUAAGAAUCGUGAAUCUGCUGCUAGGUCAAGAGAAAGGAAACAAGCUUAUCAAGUUGAGUUGGAAUCAUUGGCAGCGAAACUCGAGGAAGAGAACGAAAUGCUUUCGAAAGAAAUCGAAGAGAAGAGGAAAGAGAGGUACCAGAAGUUAAUGGAGUUUGUGAUUCCUGUGGUUGAGAAACCGCAGCAGCAGCAACCGCGGUUUUUACGCAGGAUUCGAUCUUUGGAAUGGUAA